AUGAGUUUUAUUAAGGGUCAUAUUGACCUAUUAGUUAGAUUGGGAAAAAUUAUUAAGCAAAAUGGUGUUAAUCCUUUGAAAGUCCUCGGAACACUAUACAGAACCGAUGAUUUGAAAUUUGGUAAACAUAUAGGUACUGACAAAUAUGGCAAUCGUUAUUACCAAAAUGACUUUUACUUCUACGGAAGAAAUCGUUGGGUAAUUUAUGCCGAUCAUGUUCAUAUGGAUUACGACGCAUCCCAAGUUCCCCCAGAAUGGUUCGGAUGGUUGCAUUACAAAACAGACUUGCUUCCACACGAAGACCCAGCAAGAGUCCAGCGCCGAUGGAUGAUCGACCACAAAGAGAACAUGUCGGGUACUAAGGAAGCUUACAUGCCCUACAGUACCACCAAGCCAAAAGUAGAGCCAUGGAAGCCUCCACAAAAUUAA